AUGAAAGUAUCGUUAGCUGCUUCAAUAUUAAGUUCAAGUGUUGCUGAUGCGUUGACAUACUGUUCAAAGUCACUUAAAUUACCAGAAUUUGAAAACUGUGAAGGUACUAUAGAAUUCUGUAGAAAUAUGAAUAAUAUUUUUGAUUUCUUGAACACAAGAAAUUUUUUAAGUAAAUCACCGUAUAAAAGACCAUUGUCUGAAAAAAAUAUUGAACAAUGCAACAGUUUUAUAGAUUUCUCUAUUAGUUAUUUAAGUAGUCUAAAAGAUAAAGACCAUGUGCCAAUAACUAAAAGUAUUAGAAAAACAGGAUUUAAUGGACUUAUUAUAUGCCUGAAAAGUGUUAAACAGUUGUUGGUAGACUUAGUAUUAAGUGGUAAAAUGAAAUUUCUCUUAACUUAUAAGCUAUCACAAGAUCACUUAGAACUAUUGUUUUCCACAAUACGAGCUCGUGGUGGUUUUAGUAAUAAUCCCACUGCUUGGCAAGUUGAAGCAGCCAUGAAACGAAUAUUAAUUCAUUCAGAAAUCAUGACAUCUUCAGGUGCUAAUUGUUUACCUCAAGAUACUACAACCAUAUUAUUUGUAUCGAGUAACAUAAAGAAACAGAAUGAAAUUGAAAAUGAGUACAUUGAUAUGUUAUGUGCCAAGUGA